UGGAAGAAGAAAAGAGCAAGAAAUGGAAGUGGGUUCUUCUCAUCAUCUAAUGCUGCUGCACAGAUGAUCAUAUCAGCUUUUGCUACAAUGCACAGACAUUGAACCCUCUCUCUCUCUCUCUCUCUCUCUCUAGUGAGUAGAACAGAAUGAAAAGAAAAGGGUAUGUUGUGCUUUUCAUCAUCUUCAUGUGCUUCCUUGCUAGCUUUUCAUCAGUUUCAGCAGCUACAUCUUCUCCAGCAACAGGAUUUGUAAGUGGGUUUUUCUCCAAUGCAUUUUCUGCUUUCUUGAAAUGGAUCUGGUCAUUAUCUGCUACAACAAAAACAGCGGUUUCGGGCCGUCCUGUGUUGAAGUUCGAGAGCGGAUACACUGUAGAGACAGUGUUCGAUGGAAGCAAGCUUGGGAUUGAGCCUUUCACUGUUGAGGUGUCUCCGAGCGGUGAGCUUCUGCUGUUGGACUCUGCCAAUAGUAAUAUUUACAAGAUCACUCCUCCACUAUCGCGAUAUAGCAAAACAAAGCUGGUAGCCGGUUCGGCAGAAGGGUACUCUGGACAUGUUGAUGGGAAGCCAAGAGAAGCAAGGAUGAAUCACCCAAAAGGGUUUACGGUGGAUGACCGUGGAAAUAUUUAUGUUGCGGACACCAUGAACAUGGCAAUUCGGAAGAUCAGCGAUACAGGGGUUACAACGAUUGCAGGAGGGAAGUGGAGCAGAGUAGGGGGACAUGUUGAUGGACCGAGUGAAGAUGCGAAAUUUUCUAACGAUUUUGAGGUGGUUUACAUUGGAAGCAGCUGCUCUCUUCUGAUUGUAGACAGAGGAAACCAAGCAAUACGUGAGAUUCAGCUCCAUUUUGAUGACUGUGCCUACCAAUAUGGAUCUGGUUUUCCUCUAGGGAUUGCAGUGCUUGUUGCAGCGGGGUUCUUUGGUUACAUGCUUGCAUUGCUGCAACGGAGAGUGGGUACCAUUGUUUCAUCUCAAAAUGAACCUGUAACUCCUGCAAAGCAAAACAUCCCUCCCAGUCCAUAUCAAAAGCCACCAAAAUCAUCAGUCCGACCGCCACUAAUUCCGACCGAUGACAAACUGUUGAAACAAGAAGAAGGAUUUUUUGCAUCCCUCGGGAGGCCUUUUGCCAACGCCGGUUCAUCCAUAAUGGCUAUUGUCGGUGGAUUUUUUUCAAGUUUCAGAAAGCUGCAGAACAAUCAACAUGAGCACCAGUAUCAGCAUCAGCGAUGGCCAAAUGAUUGGCCGAUGCAAGACAGUUUCGUCAUACCAGACGAGGAUGAGCCGCCCUCUCUGGAGACAAGGACUCCAACCCCACGGAAAACGUAUGCAUUCAUGUCCAAGGACUCUGAGAAAACCAGCCAAUUCCGGCUUGGGCGGUCCUACUAUAACGGGUGGGACAGUGAUUCUCAAAAGCAGCAACCAUAUCAGCAACAGCAUCAUCGUCGACAUUACUCGACUGGGCCGCACACAUACUAUGAGCAGAGCUGUGAGACGACCAACGAAAUUGUGUUUGGAGCAGUUCAAGAGCAGGAUGGGAGACGGGGGAAGGUGGAGAUUAAGCCUUUGGAUUAUGGAGAUCCUGUAUAUGAUCAUCACAACAUGCAAACUGGCAUAAAUUACAUGGGUUUCACCCAUCAGUAUUGAUUACUACAUGAAAAAGAACAAAAAGAAAAGAAAAUUGUUGGGUGCGGGAUAUAUCUUUUUUUUUGCGCCUUGGAAAUUCAGGUAAAAGAAGCAUCAAUAUGGUUUACUUGAGGAAAGGAAUGGAAUGUAUGCAUUAGGAAAAGCAGCUUAUGCUUUGAUCCCUCUUGGCUUUGUGUGAGGAUUUUGUGUUUUGAAAUUUACUGCAGUUUUGAUUUAAUGAGCUCAUUUCUUCCUUAA